CCCCCGGCAACCAACCAAACGGUUAAGAACCGCACGGCACGGAACGAACCAGAACGGAGCCGGGAGAGGUGGACGAAAAAGAGCCCGGCGGCGGAGCACCAUCGUUCGCUCUGCCCUGUUUCUCUGUUUGUGCGUGCGCGUUUUAUCGGUAUAAAUAUUCUGCCGCCCUGUCCCUGAGUUGUACGCGCUGUUUUUUUCCCUCCUUUCCUGCCAGCAGUAGCCCAGCAGUCUCUCUCUUCUCUUCCUUCCCCACCUCACCUCAGCUCCUAACCCCCCACCUACCUCUCUGCCCGCCUGCCUGCCCCCGGCCCUGAUCCUAAUUUCCCCAAUUGAGGCCGGGAGGAGGGCACCUGCGCUCGCGGCAGCUGCGAAACCGUGUCGCCCGCCUCGCCCAGAUCCGGCGCCGGCAGGCUCGCCCCUUCCCGCGCCAGGGGACCCGUCCGCGGCCGGCAAAGCAGAGAUCUUUUUUCCGGGAGGGAGCGGAGCGAGCUCGAGUGCCUGCUCGUUCUCGGUUGGUUGCUGCUGCUGCUGCUGCUGCUGCUGCUGAGAGGAGGAGAGUGCGGGAGCGGUUGCACGCGCGCGGGGUGCGUGGGCGUACCAUGAGAAGAUGAUGCGCGCCAGGCCCAGAGGUACAUUCGCGGACGCGAUGAGGGAGAGCUCCCCUCCCGCAGCUGCGGCUCCGGCUCCGGCGGCCGCGGCGGCGGUGAAGGAGGACGAGUGGGAGGUGCGGCCCGGCGGGAUGCUGGUGCAGAAGCGGAGCCCGGACGCGGACGCCCCCGCGGGGGCGCCCGUGCCCACCAUCCGCGUCAAGGUCAAGUUCAACGGCGUCUACCACGAGAUCUACAUCAACUCGCAGGCCUCCUUCGGUGAGCUGAAGAAGAUGCUGUCGGCCAAGACGGGGCUGCACCCGGAGGACCAGAAGCUGGUGUACAAGGACAAGGAGCGGGACUCCAAGGCGUUCCUCGACAUGGCCGGCGUCAGGGACCGCUCCAAGAUGGUGCUGCUCGAGGACCCCGCCGCGCAGGCCAAGCGCCUCCUCGAGCAGCGCCGCACCGACAAGGCGGAGCGCGCCGCCAAGUCCAUCUCCCGCAUCAGCCUCGACGUCGACAAGCUCGCCACCAAGGUGUCGGCGCUGGAGACCAUCGUGGGCAAGGGCGGCAAGGUGGUGGAUGCCGACGUGGUGACCCUCACCGAGGCGCUCAUGAACGAGCUGGUCAAGCUGGACUCCAUCGCCGCCGACGGCGAGGUCAAGGUGCAGCGGCGAAUGCAGGAGAAGCGGGUGCAGAAGUACGUGGAGACGCUGGACGCCAUCCGCGCCAAGAACGCGGCGGGGGCCCCCAGGGCCAGCGGCAACGGCGCCGCGAACGCGAACGGGCACGCCAAGGCCCGCGCGCCGCACCUCCCGCCGCGCCCGCCCCCCGUGUCGCAGCGGCGGAACUUCCAGCAGCAGCCCGCGCCGGCGGCCGCCUCCGCGGCGCCGCCCACGCAGAGCUGGGAGACGUUCGACCUGCUGUCGUCGGUGCCGUCCACGUCCUCGGCCGGCGUGACCACCACCAUGGCGGCCGCGACCACCACCUCGCCGGCGGCCGCCACGGCCUCCCCGAUCCCGCGGUUCGACUGGGAACUCUUCUGAGGGGGGAGCCGCCAGCCUCCGCGCGUCCCGGUUGGUCGAUCAGACGGCGCAUCAUUGAUUGGGCUGGGGGCUUGUGUUUUGUGGGCGCCGGGGACGACAAUUAUUGCCGGCCAUCCGGCGUGCCUGCCAGGGCGGGCGGGGAGGGGAGGAGCUCGGUUGAGUCCAGGCGAGGCGCGGGGCCGCCGGGCGCCGGCCGGCCAGUGAGGGGCGCGCUGCUAGGACUGGUCUCUCGCAAAGCCGUGUGCCGCGUUGGGUCGGCUGGGUCCGGCGGUGGAGCAGGCCGACAGUGUUGAUUUGCUUGCUCCCUUCCGUUCAUCGUCAUUCCAGCAGCAGGUUCACUGAUUUGCUUGCUUGAAUACCCCAGUAAUUAUCGGACACGCAUUUUUUUUCUUUUUUGCUGGAAAAUUGCUGAGUCUCACCUGGGUGUUCUAGUUUUGUGCUUCAUAUAUAUGUCUGUGCCGAGAUUUAGGCUUUA